UCCUGCUGUUGAGUGAAACGCGGUAAAACGCGAUUCCGGGUCCGUCUGAUCAGCAUGGCUACGGACAGCAGCCUGAACGGACGGGAGUCCGCGUCUCUGAACGGGGAGCCGGUGAUGAAGCGUGCCCGGGACAGCGGCUCGUCCUCGGCGCUCAGCGUCCCGAAGGAACCUCAGAACAAAGUGACGGUGGUUCUCGGAGCUCAGUGGGGCGACGAGGGCAAAGGGAAGGUGGUCGACCUGUUGGCUAUGGACGCCGACAUCGUCUGCAGGUGUCAGGGAGGAAACAACGCGGGUCAUACGGUGGUUGUGGACUCGGUGGAGUACGACUUUCACCUGCUGCCCAGCGGAGUGCUCAACAAGAAGGCCGUUUCCUUCAUUGGUAACGGGGUGGUGAUACACUUACCGGGUCUGUUUGAGGAGGCUGAAAAGAACCUGCAGAAAGGAAAAGGACUACAGGGGUGGGAGGAGCGAUUAAAGAUUUCUGAUCGCGCUCAUAUUGUUUUUAAUUUCCAUCAGGCUGUCGAUGGGAUUCAGGAGCAGCAGCGGCAGCAACAGGAAGGCAAAAAUUUGGGGACAACUAAAAAGGGUAUCGGGCCUGCGUACUCCUCCAAAGCCGCUCGGAAUGGACUGAGAGUCUGUGAUCUUGUCUCAGAUUUCAAGGUUUUUGAAGAAAAGUUUCGUAUGUUGGCGGAACAUUUCCUGACGAUGUACCCAAACCUCAAUGUCGACAUCGAUGCUGAACUGCAGCAGCUCAAGGGAUAUGCAGAAAUGCUGCGCCCCCUGGUGACUGACGGUGUGUACUUCAUGCACAAAGCCCUUACUGGACCCAGUAAGAAAAUUCUGGUUGAAGGAGCGAAUGCUGCACUCUUGGAUAUAGACUUUGGCACAUAUCCAUUUGUGACAUCUUCAAACUGCACAGUUGGAGGAGUGUGCACUGGUCUCGGAGUGCCACCAUCGUAUGUCGGCAGAGUGUAUGGUGUCGUCAAAGCAUACACGACCCGGGUGGGAGUCGGCGCUUUCCCAACAGAGCAGGAUAACGAGACCGGAUCACUUUUGCAAUCCAGGGGGCGGGAAUUUGGUGUGACAACGGGUCGAAAGAGGCGCUGUGGUUGGCUGGACCUGAUUCUGGUCCGAUAUGCCCACAUGGUCAACGGUUUCUCUGCAAUUGCUCUGACGAAGCUCGACAUUUUGGACACACUGCCUGAGAUCAAAGUGGGUGUGGCCUAUAAGGUUGAUGGACAACCUCUGCCAAGUUUUCCUGCGAAUAUGGACGUUCUGACGCGGGUGUCAGUGGAGUACGAGACGUUGCCCGGCUGGUGCUGCAGCACCGAAACCGUUCGGAUUGAGGAUCUCCGAAGGCAGGCGCAAAAUUAUAUUUGCUUCAUUGAGAACUUUCUGCAAGUACCCGGGUUAGUGAAGGCCCUGAAUGUAAGCCUGGUGUCUUUAAAUACUAAACCUGUCCUCUCUGUGAUUUCAGUGAAGUGGGUCGGAGUCGGCAAGUCCAGAGAGAAGCAUCAUCAAACUGUUUUGAUCCAGCUUCAGCUUCCAUUCGUCACGGUUCGAGUGCUGCUGACGCCUUUAACCGGAGCAUUUGAAAAUGCAAACUGUCCCUCACGGAAGUAG